AUGGCCAGAGGGAUGUUGGCUCGACCCUGCGACGUCUUUAUAAACCACCAUGGCGUAGACACCGAGCGUACUGUUGCAGGAUUGCUCUACCACCGUCUCUCCCAGCUCAACCUCAACCCUUUCUUGCAUAGUAAAAGCAUGCAACCCAGCAAUAAGCCAUUCGAGAGCAUCAGCUCAGCAAUCAGAAAAUGUAAGGUUGGGGUCGUUGUAUUCUCCCCUCGUUACUGCAAUUCGUAUUUAUGCCUACAAGAGUUGGCGCUUUUGGUCGAUAUGAAAAAGAAGCUCAUUCCAAUCUUCUGCGACAUCAAACCGUCGGAGCUUCAUGUCAUGAGCUAUGAUAAAUCCACACCCAAAGAGUUGUUGAGGUUUAGGAACGCAUUGACAGAAGCUAGAUACACGGUGGGGUUUGUGUUCGACUCACAAAGCGGAAAUUGGUCGGAUCUGGUUACAAGCGCCUCAGACAUCAUCGUGAAGAUACUGAGCGAAGAGGAAGGCUGCUAA